AUGGACAACCUCAAGAGAAAGGCAGAUGAUGACGGUGGAGACGCUGACAAGCGCAUGAGAACGAAGAAACAGUGGCGAGUACCUCGACAAGGAGGCAACAACGCAUAUACAGCCCAGACCAUUCAACCAGGCGACAGUGGCAUAUGGGCGACCUGUAAUAAAGGCCGCGAAGGAAAAUGUGUCGCAGAGCUGCGCGAGCUCUUCACCGAAUACGCAGCUCAUCUUUAUGGCGAUCACCUCAUCACUGGAGACCGGCCUGGUGGAGGCAAUGAGUCGAAAGAGGAUGGUAGCUCCACAGAUAUCGAGAGCUCUAUCCAAGCUGAAGUUGCAGACAUUCGCAAGCCAGCUUCUGUGCAGAUUUGCACGCCUGUGCGACUUGAUGUUCAGUGUGUGGUCUUCUUCCGAACGCAUAGUCCCAUCGAGCCGGUAUCCUUUGUCAAGAGAAUAUGUGAGGACGCAACGAAAAGGAGUGCGCUCCGGCGUACUAGGAUUGUCAAGCGGCUCUCACCCAUGACAUUACUUGGACGUGCUACGACCGAGGGUGUAGAGAAAGUCGCUCUGGAAGUCCUUGCGCCUCACUUCCACCAAGAGCCUUUCGUGGCCAGGAAAUUCGCCAUCCGACCUAAUUUACGCAAUCAUAAUGUGCUUAGCCGAGACAGCAUCAUCAAACAAAUCGCCUCGCUCGUUGGUCAGGGACAUGAGGUCGAUUUGAAGGAUUACGACCUUCUGAUCAUCGUCGAAGUCUACAAGAAUGUCUGUGGAGUGAGUGUCGUCGACAACAGCUUCGAGCAACUUCGACGGUUCAACCUGGCUGAGAUAUUCGAUCCUACACCAAAAGAGGCAGUCGAAGAAGCUCAGCAAGAGGUGGUGCCGCAAGAAGCACUGCCGAAUAAGGCAGAAUCUGGUAUUACGCCAGCUCCCACGAUGGAUCUUACUUGA